UGAUUUCGUUCAAGAGAUCAUGUCCAUAUAAAAUUUAUCCUUCUCUAACCCUCCGUAUCUCUCGUUUUCUACUGAAAUCAAUUCUAUAAAUAGCUUGUCUAAAAAACCAGCUCCUCAUCAAUGUCUCUCCUAAUGGACUCAACUUCUUCAAGUCUUCUCUUGUGUCCUCCUCCGUAUCUUACAAAAGAUGAAACUGGGGCUCUUGUUUUUGACUCAUCUUUCUUGCAAAAACAAGCCAGCUUGCCCACAGAGUUCAUGUGGCCACAUGGAGACUUAGUUCACAACGAAGAUGAGCUUAAAGAGCCAAUGAUAGACUUGGAAGGAUUCCUUAAAGGUGAUGAGGUUGCAACUGCUCAAGCUGCUGAGCUUGUUAGGACUGCUUGCUUGAACCAUGGCUUCUUUCAAGUCACCAACCAUGGUGUUGAUAUAAGUCUCAUUCAUAGUGCUCAUGAAGAGAUUGGCAAGAUUUUCAAACUGCCUCUUGACAAGAAACUCAGUGUCCGUAGAAAGCCAGGUGAUGUGAGUGGAUAUUCUGGUGCCCAUGCACAUCGAUAUUCAUCCAAGUUGCCAUGGAAGGAGACAUUUUCUUUUGGCUACCACGGGGAUGAUGAUUCUGUGCCACUUGUUGUUGACUACUUCAAGUCCGUCUUAGGAAAAGAUUUUGAACACACUGGGUGGGUUUACCAAAGUUACUGUGAAGCAAUGAAGAAAGUAUCCCUAGUGAUAUUUGAGCUGUUGGCCAUCAGCCUAGGAGUUGAUCGUUUACACUAUCGCAAAUUCUUUGAAGAUGGAAGCUCAAUAAUGAGGUGUAACUAUUAUCCACCUUGCAAUAAUUCUACCCUCACUCUUGGCACUGGUCCUCACUGUGACCCAACUUCCUUAACAAUACUUCACCAAGACCAAGUUGGUGGUCUUCAAGUCUUUUCAAACAACAAAUGGCUAGCAAUCCGACCUCGUCCAGAUGCCCUAGUUGUAAACAUUGGUGAUACCUUCAUGGCACUAUCCAAUGGGAGAUACAAAAGUUGCCUUCAUAGAGCAGUGGUGAACAGGGACAGCGAGAGAAGAUCACUGGUUUUCUUUGUGAGUCCAAAAGAGGAAAAAGUAGUGAGACCCCCACAAGAUCUUGUUUCCAGAGAAGGGCAAAGGAUUUACCCGGAUUUCACAUGGUCGGAUUUGUUGGAGUUCACGCAAAAGCACUACAGAGCUGAUGUCGCUACACUCCAAAGCUUCAUUCAAUGGCUUUCAUCUUCUAAACCAUCUACCUUUUAGUUGCUUUGGAUACUUUUGAUGAUUGUAUGCCUCUGUGUAUCAUCUAAUUUAGCUAGGCUAGCAGCUAUCUCCUUUGUAUAUUUUCUCAAAUGGGUGCCUGGGUUGCCACCACCUUCUCUGUAGCUUUCUGAAUUCACUUGCAAGAAAAAUUGAGCGCCCGUGUUCUGCCUA